GGCGCGUGGCGAUUUGUGAAGGGCUGUCAAGUUUUGUGUGCGACCGAGUCAUCAUCGUCGUCGUGCUCUCCUUCUCUUCUUCUUCUUCUUCUUCGAGACCUAAGAAAGACAAAACUCUGAAUCUUCGGAUCUUUGAAUCACACUUUUUUCUUAUUUUCCUUCUUCUUCGAACAGAACAUGGCGGCGGUUUCACCUUUGGCAAAGUUUAAACUGGUGUUCUUAGGAGAUCAAUCUGUCGGAAAAACCAGCAUCAUCACUCGUUUCAUGUAUGACAAAUUCGACACCACUUACCAGCCUACCAUCGGAAUCGAUUUUCUUUCGAAAACAAUGUACCUCGAAGAUCGAACAGUUCGUUUGCAGCUAUGGGAUACGGCUGGACAAGAAAGAUUCAGGAGUCUAAUCCCAAGUUACAUUAGAGAUUCUUCUGUUGCCAUUGUUGUAUAUGAUGUAUCCAAUAGGCAAACGUUUCUGAAUACCUCGAAAUGGAUCGAUGAUGUACACAGAGAAAGAGGUCAAAGCGAUGUUAUUAUCGUUCUUGUUGGAAACAAAACUGAUCUUGUUGAAAAAAGGCAAGUAUCAAUCAGUGAAGGGGAAGACAAGGGUAAAGAGUAUGGAGUGAUGUUCAUUGAGACCAGUGCCAAAGAAAAUUUCAAUAUUAAGGCUUUGUUCCGGAAGAUUGCUGCAGCUUUACCGGGUGUGGACACAUAUUCAUUGGCAACAAAAUCAGAGGACAUGGUUGAUGUGAAUCUAAAGACCACUUCAAAUUCAUCACAAGGUGAGCAACAAGGAGGAGGAGGUGGAGGUGGAGGCUGUUCUUGUUGAUUCAAAAUACAUAUUCCAUUAAAGAAACUUGUGAAGCAAACAAAAGGGAUCAAGCUAGUUUUGUGAUUUUCAUCUUAUUAACAGACACAGAAUAUAAAACAUCAAAGAGAAAAGGAUUACUAUUUUUACAGAA